AUGCCAUUAUCUCGUGAUUGUAUUAUCACCAGCGCUUAUUGCCCCGGAGCCAUUGUUCCUGGAGCAGUCAUUAACCAGGGCGAGGGUAACCGGUCUGCAAACCCUGAUAUUACUGCCACCACGAGGAUUCCUGAGAACAUUACGGAAAUGUUCUCAAGCGUCUCCAAGAAAUCAAGCAUAGCCGGGAUACUAGAUAUCCAAUACCGGUUUUGGCUGCCGUAUACUUCUGAAUACUUUGAUGAUCACAAACCUUACCCUAGAGGGCAGUUGCUAUCUCUUGAGUCCCUAAUUUCAAGAGACGAUAUAACUUUAGUUGAAGGCGUGAUUGCCGAUAUGCACUCUGGCGGUAUUGGUUUUCGGAACCAUAGUGUGCCGUCAGGAAUGCCUUUUGGCGCUGAAUGGGAGGAAGAUAUUCUAUGGGUGGAGCCCGAAAUAUCCUGUGUCAAUACCAAUCUCACCUACGAGCUUACCCUGGCUGAUACUCGAAAUGGAACCUUUUCACCGCCUAUCCGUUCAAUAGAACUCGUAGACGAAGGCGGGUUUUCCAAUCUGCGACAUGGAGAUCCUUAUGAAGGCUGGCCAAACAUCACGUAUGCAUCUCCGGACCCUCAACUUCGGGCGGAUCGAUCAGCUUGGCUUAACAAUUUCCUGGCUGGUAUUACGUAUAACCUCACAGAUGGGAAUUCCAGUGCAGUGGGAUACGGCUUCAACGUUACUCGCGGAAAGCAUUACCCUAUUGCUGGUAGCGUGCCAUAUUUUGUCACCCUGGAUAUUCAGUCUCUGUCUCCGAAUGGUGCCUGGCUAAACCUGCCAAGCGCGUCGUUCGACAAUAAUGGAACUCUGACCGUGGGCAACCGUACCAUUAAAAGUGCUGAAGACGAUCUUUAUUGGUAUUCCAUUGGGCUCUUUUCCGAACUGAAGGGCAGAUGCCUAGGGCAAUAUAAUGAUGCUUCCAUCAGAAAUGAAUAUAACGUUGAGUGUGGUCAUUUUUUUGGAGCAGCAUCGAGGGUAGAUGAGGGAAAUCCACUAUUCAAAGAAGCUGGGUCAAAAUGGAGAAAACCCAUAUACACCUGCGCUGGUGCUGUCAAAUCAUCAGUGAAGACUGUCUCCUUCGUAAUGAAUGGAACGGCCUCAUUGGAGUCUCUUUCUGUGAAGAAAAUAGAAGACAAGAAAUAUUCUAACCCAGAUGACCACCCGCUCUGGGCAUUGGAAGACUGGUGGCAUCCAGGUUCCGAAGGUGCCUUCACAGGACCGCUUUGGGGUAUCGUUGACAAUUCAUAUAAAGGCACUCCUGGUUAUAACUUCACUCGAGCCCCUUCGUUUUACCUGCCAUUCAGUUAUUAUAGCCUCACAUUAUCUUCAUUUAGUGGGCCCCUGGACAACCUUGCGGGAGCGACAAUGCCAUAUGGGAUUAUGGGGAAGUUGUUACUCAACAACUUUUUCGAUCGUUUUAGUGACGACUAUAUCUCAUAUUCUGGAGCAAGCAAUGUUGGUCUUGGGAACAAAUGGCGUAAUCUAUCCAAGACUGCCGACGAUGCAUCGAAGCUUCUUCGUCUAAUCUGGACCGACAUCAUGGCCAGCAAUACUGUCGGCACUAACAUGAGAGGAAGUGCGUCAUUAGAAAAGAGGGCAACUGGAGAUGGACCAUUUACUCGAACUGUAAGGGCUUAUGAGCGUAAAGUGACCUACGACCUGCGAUUCGCUAUCCCCGCAAUAUUCUUCCUUUUUUCCUGGCUGCUGCUUCUCAUUGCAAGUCUUGUUAUGGCAGUCAGCGAUGGACACCCCUUUACACGUCUGAAGAAGCUCUUGAAUGAUACGAGCGUUGGGCGUAUUGCAGCUAGCUCAGAGUACCCUGAGAGUCGAAGCAUGCAUGAUGCUUCGACCAAAGACUGGUUGGCAGCAGCUGGACAUCUCCCUGUGAGACUCUCUGGCUUAUCAAAAGUGUCAGCCACGGAUGAGCUGGAAGAAAGCGGUAAAGCUCCAUCUUCUCGUUUACUCCGGCCUGCGCCGAAUGAUAAUCCUGACUAG